UUGGAGCUCAGCAGCUCAGUGUUGCAGAGAUAUUUUCCCUUGCUGUCUUGGCACAGAAAUCAAGUGUAAUCUGAUAUUAAUGCAUUAAUCACCCUGCAGGAAUGCUGUGGCUGCACACACAAACUGCAAGGGCGAAAAGCUUGAGGGCGGCAUGGGUGGAGUAUGAACUAAAGACAGAGGCGCACAGUAACUUCAAUUAUUAUCAGUUUUUCAGGUGGUGGCAAGGAAUACUCAGCAGCAAAUUCAAAUCAAGCAGUUAUGGUCACUUUGGGAAAUGAAGCUACACCUGCACACACGUUCAGGUAUUAUACCACAGCAGAAUCAGCAGAUGGGCUUCUCAGCCUGAGACAAGAGAGAACGGAUCCCUGGAGGAGAUGGACGAGGACAUCAGUCUGAAGAAACGUAAAAGUGAUCAUCAUGAGCAGAAAGAAGCGCAGGCCGGGCAGGAAACUGGUGAAAAGGUCAAAAGGAAGCGCGGACGCCCACCAGCUGAGAAACUUCCUCCGAAUCCCCCUGAACUCACCAGAACACUGAGCACACUGGUAGAUAUGGUUAUCAACUACAAGGACGGGUUGGGUCGACAGAUCAGUAAAGGCUUUGUGCAGCUUCCCUCUAAGAAGGAGGUGCCUGAGUACUACGAGCUAAUCCGAAAGCCUGUGGACUUCAGAAGGAUCAGGGAACGUGUACGUAAUCACAAGUACAGAAGUGUGGGAGAUUUGGAAAAGGAUAUUUUCCUCCUGUGUCACAAUGCUCAGACUUAUAACCUGGAGGGAUCUCAGAUCUAUGAGGAUUCAAUUGUCAUUAAGUCUGUUUUUGAGAGUGCGAGACAGAGAAUCGUCACAGACGAGGAACAGAAAGAGACUGUUAGCACCAGCCACAGCGAUAAUGGCGGUGGAGCUGACGACCAGUUUUCUCCAUCAGCAGUGAAGCCAUUGCCAGUGCAGCUUAAGAAAGGGAAUGAAGAGGAAAGAAGCCGAAAUGCCAUGGCCAAGAGGCUGCACAGUGAUUUCGACAGUGAUGAGGAUCUAGAGGAUAACACCACAAAAGAUGAAGGUUGAACUGAAAGGCCAUCCUUUUUUUUUUUAUUAUUAUUAUUAUUGGUUUUUUUUUUUUUUUUUUUUUGGAUUCUGGCUCGUCUCUAUUCUCCACUGCAUCCCUUUUCAUAGGUUUCUUCAUCCUCCAAGCAAAGGUCUUUGAGAAUAAAACAGGAAAGACCUUUCAAAGAGAGGUACUUAUGGAUCGGUGCUUUUCCAUUUAGGUGACUCGAGUCAUUCAAACACGUCUUGCUGCACAUAGUGCUGUCCUUUUAGUUUUGCUAGCCUUCACAAUAAUGUUUUACCUGCCUUAGUCCCUGUGAUCGCUUCUGCAAAUAUUCUGUAAAAACACCAGUUUCACUGACUGUUUUUAAUUGAUAUAUCUUGAUUGUAUGAAAUGCCUUCAUAUGUCUUGGAGCAUGAUGCAUAUAUCUCCCCUGAAGCUGGCUCCUCCAGAGCAGCACCUGAUGAUGACAGUGUUGAUGUGUUCGGGGCUAGAGGACUGAAGCACACAGGGAAGAGGUUUUUAAAGAACACGAGAACACUAUUGGUUUGUUAAAAAUGAUUUCAGAGAUGGAGAGAAAUCUUUGAUUAAAAAAACAAACAAAUAAUGGAAGUAUGAAGUCAGAGAGACGAUACGCAAUGGUUUUGUUCUAAUCAAGGGUACUCUAGCUGAACAUUUGUAUCCCUUGUGCUACUACAGUAUAUUCACAUAUUGUACAGUUUGUGUGAAAAGUAAGUGAAAACUAAAGUCUUCUUUUCAUUUACUCUCCUGGUUGUUGAGGGUGGGGGUGUGGGAGGAGGGCUGUGGAAGACAUCAUUGUUAAGACAAUCCCUGGAAACAUGUAUCACUUAAAACACUUGUGAAAUAAAUUUUACCAAAAUCA